AUGUGUACAGGAAAGUGCGCCAAGUUUAUUGGCAUCAGCCUCUAUCCGCUGGCACUGCUGUCCAUCAUCUGCAACAUUUUUCUGUUUUUCCCUGAUUUUCAAGUUACUUAUUCUAAGGAGGAUGCAAAGGGGCUCUACCGUCUUACAGAUGAGAUCAAAUACAUGGGAGGCGUUGUUGGAGGAGGUGUCUUGGUAUUAAUUCCUGCGAUUCACAUCCAUAGCACUGGGAGAGAAGGCUGUUGUGCAAACCGCUGUGGGAUGUUCCUGUCCAUCAUCUUUGCUGCAAUUGGUGUGGUUGGUGCUUUGUACAGUGGUGUUACAGCUGUGUUUGGUUUGGUUAAUGGACCAGUUUGCUUGCCUGAACAUGGUGAUUGGAGCAGACCAUUCAUGAACAGCACUGAAAACUACUUGGGAAACCCUGACAUUUGGGACACUUGCAAAGAGCCAGAAAAUAUUGUGGAGUUCAACAUUGGCCUGUUUGCCGCCCUGCUGGUGGCUGCUUGUUUAGAACUGCUGCUCUGUGGAUUUCAGGUGCUCAACGGCCUCUUUGGAUGCAUCUGUGGUACAUGCAAUCGCAAAGAGGUGGUGGCAUAAGUUCAAAAUGACAACAGAC